CCCAGUUAGGUGCGUGCAGUUUACGCCGGGGUAGGGUCCUGUUUUUUAUUUUUAUUUAUUUAAAUCCUGCUGGGAGAUAUCAUUUCAAGUACAUGACUUUGUUCUUGAGGAAUAAAAUUGGCGUUAUUAUCGGAGGUGGCCUACAUGUUACCCGAAAAGAAAAGAAACAAUAGGCUAAGCUAGAGAAACGAACAGUUUGCUGCCUGGACCGGCGUAAGGCUCGAUGAGGGAGGUUGACAGGGCUGUAUAAGCAGCUGACGCACACAUUGAUGAUCAUGCAGAUUGCAGGGCAGUAGGCAUUUAACGGAACAGGGAUGGGAAACUCAGAGAGCCAGUACAGCGUUCAAGAAUCUAGGAGCAAUGGCUUCCUCCACCCUGGCAGACAGAAGCCCUAUUCACUGAAGCUUCGCUCGGCCAAAGAGGAAGUUUUAUCACCCCAUGGCUGGUGGAGGGCGGGAUCAGCUGUUGCUGGUUUCAAAACCAGGGCGAUGAGCCGUGGCUGUUUUUCUCAGCCGAAGAGCAAUCAGUCCUAUAUGUCGCGCCAUUAUGAUCUUGUCACUAAAGGAAGAGAAGGGAAGAGAAGUGCUGGCAGUCUGCAAAAUGGUUUAUCCGAACGUUUGCGAUCAAAAGGACACGUUAUGCUGCCCUCUGAGAAUGGCUGCUAUAAGAGUCUCAGGCAAAACGGCGACACCAGCUGUAGUACAAGUGACUGCAAUGGUCAAUCCGUAAAUGGGCACAGGACCCCUGAGAGGAAACCCAGGCUGGAGGAACCCGUGGAGCAGAACAGCCCCAGGGUCGUGAUCAAGAGUGAUGGUAGUGUGCGAGUAGAGUUCAACAGCUUCUCCAGUAGCUCCAUGCUUCCAGAUGAGCACGCAGGGCCUGUCCAGCUGCUGAAGUUCUCACCCACACUGGACUCCACAGCCUCUCUGUCAGCUGUGACCCACAGGUCCGAGUCUGAUCGCGAAGCUACCAGAAACAGCAAGGGCAGCUCUCUGAGCUCCGAAGGCUCCUGGUAUGACUCGCCCUGGGGCGCCGGAGCAGAGCUGAAUGACGGCGAUGGCACCCCCCUUUACCGGGUCUCAGAAACUCCUCCAACUGUGAAUAUGAAGUUUUUGGAUCCACAUCUACCUAGUAUCGCAGUAACCGAUCUUUACAGAGACCGCAGCAUGGCUGCCACCUUUCCUGCAGCCAAGAAUCUACAUUUUUCUAACGACGUGCCUUUCAAGCACAGAUCUUCCUUUCUGUCUGUAUUGGAAGAGCCUGCUGAGGAGGAAUGCCCAGGAGCCAAGCAGUAUUCCUCCUAUACAUUGCCCUGCCGCAAAUCCAAACCCAUUGCGGAGAAUACCGGAAAGAAAGAAUCCCUCAGGAACCCAAUGAGACGGCUCAGUGAUUGGACUGGAAGCUUGACACGGAAGAAGAAGAAGAAGAAGGAGGAGCCAAGAUACAAAGAGCCCAUCGAUUGCUUUGACAGUGGGGUGGAUGGCCUCACUGCUGACACAAGCUCUCCCUCACAGGUCUCCAGUCUGGUGUGGUACCCCAAGGGUCAAUCUCGGGCCCGCUCCCAGUCUCAGGCGCCGCCCACCCGUAGUGAUUCGGCGGGGGCUCUCCACCUGGACAUGGGUGCUCUGAGGCAGAAUAUCUACGAGAACUUCAUGAGGGAGUUAGAGACUGGCCAUACGGGGGCAGGAAGUGGAGGUGAAGAGCACUCCGCAGAAGAAUCCGAAAGUAGUAGCCAGGAGACGCUUGGCUCUUUGGAGCAACUGGACUUGCUGUUUGAGAAAGAGCAGGGUGUGGUGAGGAAAGCUGGAUGGUUGUUCUUCAAGCCCUUGCUUACUCUUCACAAGGACCGCAAACUGGAACUAGUUGGCCGACGCAAGUGGAAGCAAUACUGGGUAACUCUCAAAGGCUGUACACUCCUGUUUUAUGACACCUACGCAAAGGGCUCUUCAGAGCAGGAGAUGGUACCAUGCUAUGCUCUGCUGGCUGAGGACAGCAUCGUUCAGGCUGUCCCCGAACACCCCAAGAAAGAGAACGUGUUCUGCCUCAGCAAUGCCUAUGGUGAUGUCUACCUCUUUCAGGCCAGCAGUCAGACAGACCUCGAGAACUGGGUGACGGCUCUUCACUCGGCCAGCGCGUCCCUGUUCGCUAAGCGUCAUGGGAAGGAGGACACUCUGCGUCUGCUCCGUGGGCAGAUCCGCGCUCUACUGCAGAAGAUUGACAUGGAUGGAAAAAUGAAGAAGAUGGCCGAGCUACAACUGUCGGUUGUUAGUGACCCCAAAAACAGGAAGGCCAUUGAAAACCAGAUCCAGCAGUGGGAUCAAAAUCUGGAGAGCUUCAACAUAGACCUGUUCCGCAUGCGCUGCUACCUGGCCAGCCUGCAGGGCGGGGAGCUACCCAACCCAAAGAGUCUACUGGCCACAGCCAGCCGCCCGUCUAAGGCCACACUGGGCCGUCUGGGGAUCUUCUCUGUCUCCUCUUUCCAUGCGUUGAUCUGCUCGAGAGACGAAGCUACAAUGCGGAAGCGGUCUCUGUCCCUGUCCCAACAAGGACGCAGUCGGAGAGGAGUCUUCUCUUCCCUCAAAGGUCUGGACAGCCUUACCAAGCGUGGCCGGGAGAAGAGACCCUCCGCUUCCCAGGACUGCAUUGACACGAGCUACUGUUCUCUCAGUAGGCUCGCUCAGAUCUUUGACAGCGAUGGAGGAGAGCUCCCUCCUCAAAGCACUGAGAGACUGGAUGGUUUAGCUGACGUUUACUCAGUAGCACCACCUGAAGGCAAGGACUGGGAUAGCGGAUUAGAAACUCCAACCUCUGUGUACAUGCCAGACUACCAGGCGGUUCCAGUCCUUCUGAAAGGCCAACACACAGUCAUGGAUGUCCUUACUAUGGUCUGCAAGGUUAGGGACUUGGAUCCUGCUCAGCACUGCCUGCGGCUGCAGCGUCACACUGCUGAGGGGAUGGAGGUUUGCACCCCUGCGGGACACGAGCCCCUGCAGGACCUGUCAUACACACAGCUGGAGGUCAGCCCCCUGGAUGUCUGCACGCUGUAUAUGACCAGGCCCUCGCUCACGGGAGACUUUGGGUUUGCCGUCACAGGUCACGUGGACAGCCUGCACAGCAGCCGGAUUGUGGUCAGUGAGGUUCUCCCUGAUGGAGUCGCCUUCAGAGAAGGUCUGAGGCCGGGCGAUGAAAUCCUGGUGCUGAAUGGCUGCGAGGUGUCCUCUCUAGACCUGGCUCACAUUCAGACGCGCUUCAGCGAACAGACGCUGCACCUGACAGUCAGACGGAACCCUCCCUCCUACGGUCUGCCUGACCCAGCGCCCACGCAAGCACAUAACCGUCAGCAGCGGCCGCAGCAGCUGCUGAAGGACCACCUGUACGGUCGCCACCGGGCCAAGUCUGCUACAGACGUGUCCUUUGUGAUGCAGGCCUCCGCCCCAGCCGUAGAGAAUGGUCUGCAGCAGCCUCGCCGGCACCAGCAAGCAGCGCAGCACAGCAAGAGUGUGGAGGCGGUGUGCACACUGUACCGCUCCUUCCAGGAAGAUUCGGAAGGACUAAUGGAGGAUCGGAAGGGCAGUGCGGUACCGGAGGCAGCCCUGCUUAGGCCCUGCCCACGGCACAUGUCAGUGACGGAACGACUGCGAAAGGUCAUCCAGGAAUUGGUGGAUACGGAGAAAUCCUACGUCAAGGACCUGGCCUCCCUUUUUGAGAUCUACCUGAAGCCUCUGCAGAAGGAGACGUUCCUUACACAGGAUGAGAUGGAGAGUUUAUUUGGUAGCCUUCCGGAGAUGUUGGAUUUCCAGAAGGUUUUCCUGCAGACCCUGGAAGAGAGAAUUGCUUCCUCACCAGAUUUUAGCACUCUGGAGACCCCUGUGCAGUUCAAGAAGCUGCUUUUUUCACUGGGUGGAUCAUUUCUCUACUAUGCCGAUCAUUUCAAACUCUACAGUGGCUUCUGUGCAAACCAUAUCAAGGUCCAGAAGGUUCUGGAACGAGCUAAAACGGACCGAGCCUUCAAGGAGUUCCUUGAUGCAAGGAAUCCAACCAAGCAGCACUCGUCCACACUGGAGUCCUAUCUGAUCAAACCAGUGCAGAGAGUGCUGAAAUAUCCCCUGCUGUUGCGGGAGCUGGUGUCUCUGACUGACACGGACAGCGAGGAGCACUAUCACCUCACAGAGGCCUUGAAAGCCAUGGAGAAGGUGGCCAGUCACAUAAAUGAGAUGCAGAAGAUCUAUGACGACUAUGGUGCAGUGUUUGACCAGGUGGUGGCGGAACACAGUGGCCCAGAAAAAGAGGUCACAGAGAUUUCCAUGGGAGAGUUUCUCAUGCAUUCCUCAGUGAUCUGGCUCAACCCCUUCCAGUCUCUGGGACGGAUGAAGAAGGAGCCUGAGCUCACCGUGUUUGUCUUUAAGAAAGCAGUGAUACUGGUCUACAGAGAGAACAAACUUAAAAAGAAAAUGAAUGUUCCACGUGCAGCCCACUCUCAGGGAGAUCAGGACCCCUUUAAGUUUCGCUGGCUGAUCCCUCUGUCGGCACUGCAGGUCAGACUAGGAAACACAGCGGAAACCAACUGCAUUUGGGAGCUGAUCCACACCAAGUCUGAAGCAGAGGGCAGACCAGAAAUGGUGUUCCAUCUGUGCAGCAGCAUGCCAGAGUGCAAAAUCAACAUCGUCAAGGUGAUCCGCUCCCUUCUGCGCGAGACGGCGCGGCGGGGCAUGCGCAAAUCUGAGCGCUCGGCUGAGAAGACCUGCAAAGGCCGCUUCACCCCUGUACGGAGUGCCGUGCCGUCCUCAGCCAGGCUCGGUUCCUCGCGAGCUUCCUGGCUCUGCAGCAAGACCGUAGACGUCCAUUCCCUUGCCCAAAGUAACCGACUGAAGCCCCCUCUCCUUGAUUCAGACUCAGCGAGCGAGAGUAGUGGCGCGCCAAGCGGCGGAGCCCCUCCUCCAGACCCGCCCUCCAACAGCCUGCCCGCCCCCCUCACCCAGCCUGCCCUCGGACACGACAACACGAAAGAAUCCCACGUCCUCAGUGAUGACGACGACGGCGGCUUCAGUGAGUGCCUGGGCCGUCCUGAGACCGCUCCUGAUCCGAUGGAAGCCCAGUUCCGUGAGCUCCGCCUGGCCGAGGAGACGUCCCGGGCGCCGGCACCUCGGGCACAGCCCGAGGGUGCUGGGGAAACAGACCCAGACCCAGAAACAGAUCCACCCGAUAAGCGGCGGGCUCACCCACCCCUGCAGCGGGCUCACUUCUGCCCAGUGCGAAGGAAAGUCGGCGGGGGCGACAGCAGUUUACGCCGCCGCCAGGGGACACUAGUGAACAUGCGUCAGCACAGCCGCUCUCUGGACAGCCAGUCGGAGUCGGCGCUGGCUGGCAUGGACCUUACUGCGGUGCUGGAGAGGGAAUUCAGCGUGCAGAGUCUGACCUCGGUCGUUAACGAGGACUGCUUUUUUGAUGCUGCCACCAAGGGGCCGGAGAGUGGUGCCACAUAGCUUCCUGCUUCAGUAUCCUCUCUGACCCAAAAUGAACUCUGCCCUUUCAGUGAGCAAAUAAUGCACUCCGUGAGGACUGAGCUGUGCACUGAAUGCCUGGCCUUCUCCCCUUGUCCCCAAUGAAGCUUCAUGUCCAAAAAUGUCCUUCCGAAUAAAGUCCAGUCAAUUAAAAUCUUAAAAUUAAUCCAUCAGUUGUUUGUAGUUUCACAGUGACCGACACCUUUACUAAACCUGUUUUUAAACUGUAUUCUACUAGACAGUAGUCACUGCCCUUGGUUUUUAUUUCCUUUUUUUAGGCAUCACUAAUGUGACUUUCCCCUUGAUUCCAACCUUUUCCACUGAUGCAAAGUCAGUCAGUCCGCUCACAGCUCGCGUUCGUCUCCAGGCGGAACAGAAGUGGAAGUCUCUGAAACGGCUACAAGAAUAAGUCCUCCUCUGCUCUGCCUUGCUGUAUUUGGUACACCGUGUACCUGUUUUUGCUUUUUAGCUUUUGCUAUACUUCUAUUACAUCAGAGCGGCAUCAGAGUUUUUAAGCAUUUUAUUAUUUAUUGAUAAGUUUAUACUUCUUUUUAAUAGGAAGCCACACCACAGGUUAAGAUUCAAAUUAAAACUAUGUACACAGAAUAUGUGCGGCUAAUAUGGUCGUGGAUCGUCAUGUAAUCGGUCUGGUCUUUUCUAAGACAGCUGCCGAAACGUGACCAGUGUACAAAGUAGUCGAAUACUGUCGGUACUAUUUAACUCAAAUGUGUUGGGUACUUGGACAGUUCGGGGUUUUUUUUUAAUGUCCAAAUAUGUAUAGUAUUUUUUUCAUGAAUAUUUAACUUAAUUUUUAAAUGUUGUAUAUUCAUUUGACAUUGCUAGGUUUUAAAAAGUGCUGUAAAUGUAAUAAGAACAGUGUCUGAAAAAGUAGUCCUACAGAAGGUUUUCUGAACAAAUAAAUAUUUCUCUUGGUAUUUUAA